AGUGGCGUAGGAGCCCGCAGAGCCGGCAGCCGGGCGGGCGGAAGCGGGUGGCUGUGGCCCGUUGCCGAUGGAAGAUCGGGACCGUUGAUUCACGCCUGGCAGUAGAUGUGGAAGAGGCGGACGAAAAUGCUGCGAUUGUUGGCUGGGCUGCUGGCGGUCGCGAUGGUGACGGUGACAGUAUUGAUGGAUCGGUACAGUUUUGGGGGGGCCCAACAACCCCGGGUCCCAGUUCGCUCAUUCGCUCCCGAGCCGGCUCCCGGGGAUGAAGCCAACAACCUUUUCUGGGUGAUUCAGGUGUCAGAUCUGCAUAUCAGUAAGUUUGUGAGUCCCAGUCGAACUUCUGAUUUUGAGAAAUUCUGUAAGGAAACAAUUCCCAUAAUCCAACCUGCUCUUACGUUAGUGACAGGUGACUUGACUGAUGCCAAAACAAAGGAUGGAUUUGGGUCUGAUCAGAUUGAGGUGGAGUGGCAAACUUAUCAGACAAUCUUAAAAAGAUCUAAGAUCAUGGAAAAAACGAAAUGGAUAGAUAUAAAAGGAAAUCAUGAUACAUUCAACAUACCUAGCCUGGAGAGUGUUCGUAAUUACUACAGAAAAUAUUCUGCAUGGCAGAAAGAUGGCUCCUUCCAUUAUGUUCAUAAAACAUCUUUUGGAAAAUAUUCUUUUAUCUGUGUGGAUGCAAGUCUUAAUCCAGGUCCCAGGAGACCCUUCAAUUUCUUUGGGAUGUUAAAUGCGAAUAAAAUGGAGGAGUUGUCUGCAUUAAUCUCAAAAAGCCAUGAGAGUAACCACACAAUUUUGUUUGGUCAUUACCCUACUUCAUCAAUCAUCUCUGUAUCUCCAGGGGUACGAGAAGCCAUGCGUUUUGCCUUAGUUUAUUUGUGUGGGCAUUUCCAUACAUUGGGUGGCCUGAUGCCUGUCCUUCAUACUCGUCAUCCUGAUGGGACUUUAGAACUGGAGUUGGGAGACUGGAAGACUAGCAGGAAGUAUCGGAUUCUUGCUUUUGAUCACGAUCUCUUCAGUUUUGCUGACCUGAAAUUUGAAGAAUGGCCUGUAGUUCUUAUCACCAAUCCUAAAUCAUACCUUUAUAGUAGCUAUGCUCAUGAACCACUGCAGAGAAUUCUUCAUUCUACCCAUAUUAGAAUUUUGGCCUUCUCUCCUUCUCCUAUCAAAUUUGUCAAGAUCAUGAUUGAUGACAUUUAUCUUGGAGAUGCUAUUCAGGUGUCUGGACCACUCUAUGUCCUGAAAUGGUCCCCCCAAAACUACAGUCACGGAUUUCAUCAGAUAGCUGUAACUGUUGCAGAUAUCAGUGGUAGAAGUGCCACUCAGUUUCAUACAUUUGCUAUGGAGGAAAACCUUUCUCUUAAAUUUGGUUUUUUGGCAUCUUGGCUGCUUCUUACUGACCACUAUAUAUGGGUACGAACACUCUUUGUAUUGACAAUUAUAUUUCAAGUUGCUUUGCUGAUUUUUUUCCGGUUUCGAGCAAAACCUAAAUUUAAAAAACCUCCGGGUGUGGCAGUACGAACCUCUUUUUCUCUUCAUGUCCUGAGCAAAAUAGAUUUAUUCUUCUACUCGUUUCUGGUGCUGAAUUUAUAUACUGUUCUAGGACCCUGGUUCAUUGGUGAGCUUAUAGAAGGUCAUGUGGGCAUCUGCUUUUCUUUUGGGUUAAUUGUUAAUGGCCAGUUCUUUGAAGGCAGCUCAACCUUCCUUGUUGGAAUUUUACAGGUGUUAUUUUUCAACCUACCACUGAUGGCGUACACAUGUUGGUGCCUGUUGCUGCGUUGCCAAGGCCAGUGUUUUCGUUCUCAUCUGUAUCUUAUCAAACCAUAUUGGACUGUGCCCAUCCAUUUAAUCAUGUUACUUCUAUUUUUCUGGCAAGUCUUUUCCUGUUACUUCUUACUGAAGACAUAUGGAAUUCUUUCUUUUUUUCUCUCUCCAAUGAGAACCUGGGUUGCUGCACUAACCCUCUUCCUGGUCUACAGAAUUUGGGCAAUGGAAUCUAUUUUGCUGAGAACCUUUACUGUAGAUAUGAAGAACUACCAAACUUCCUGAUGCUUCCUUUUUUCAGGAGCCUGAAGUAUACAUUCACUUAAACUGUUAAGUGAUAAAUCUGUGAACUACUUCUAGUUUGUAUGUCUUAUGUUCUGAUUGCAUAGGCAAUUGAUUAUGAAGGUCAGGAUUACCAUGAAACCCCUUCUGUGCUGCUCUGUAAUAAAACUUUUAGAAAAAAGUGACACUAUUUGCCUCAGGAAAUGCUUUAUUAUAUUUAUAUUAAUACUGUUUUUGACAUACUGUUUUAA